CCUCUCCCCUCUCUCUCCCUCUCUCCUGUUCCAGUUUUGCCUGUCAUCUCGUGUUUUUUCUCCUUCACCCUAAACACACUCUAUUUGUUUUGUAUUCCCUCAUUUCCUUCCUCCUUAAUGUCUUACCCCCUACCUUUCAUCUCCUCCCUUUCUCCUUAAUGUCUGUCUCUCUUGCUUUCUUUUCUCUCCCUUCUUCCUCCGCCGCAUUCACCCUCCUCUCCCUCCGCCUUCUCUCCCUCCUUCCUGCCCUCCACCCUGCUUCUCCUCGUCACGAUCUUCACCAGUCCAACCUUUGCCUUUGUGGUGUUCUGGCGCGCCUUGUGGCCUCACCAGCAACCUGAGACUCGGUGAACCCAUCUAAUCAGUCACAAACAUGUACUACUAAUUGUCUGGACGAUUCAACAAGCCUUGUGAUGCAUUACCUGUGAUGACUUAACUGGCUUACCUACCGCCACCUCUCCUGCUGUGACGCUCUUCCUGCUGCCCCUUGUGACGUGUGUGUGACCUAACCUCGCCAUGGGUAAUACCGAAAGCUCCGUGACCUCGGGGGUCAAGGCUCAGGCCAAUGCGGUGGUGGAGAUGUACAGCCUGGUGGAUCUGAAUGGCGGCGGCGAGCUGGUGGAGCUGAUGAAGAAAGCCAACAAGAGCAAGGACUACGGCGAGCUGGACGAGACUAUUCGCUCCAAGAUCCCGAAGUACACGUAUGAUGGCGGGUUAGGGAGGUGUUUGCCGAUACACAAGAUGGUACUUCGCAGAAACAAAGAGAGACCGCCGAGCAAGGAGAUUACUCCGCCCAAGAACCUCCCUGACGACGAGUCCGUGGCGGGGAAGUACAUUCCUGGGAAGAUGCCGCCUGACCGAACUACGGACCACCUCACCUACCGCUACGCGUGCUGGGACCUGGCGCACGUGGGGGCUGUUGGGGAGAGUGUGCUGCACUUGUGUGUCUUGAACGCCACUUCCGUCCACAAUGACUUGGCCAAGAGACUUAUCAGGCACUUCCCGAACCUAAUCAACGACAUCUACCUGUGUGAUGAGUAUUACGGGGAGAGCGUCCUUCACAUCGCCAUAGUGAACGAGGAUCCUUCCAUGGUUAAGUUCCUGCUGGACAACGGCGCUAACUACCACGAGCGCUGCCUGGGGAACUUUAUGUGUGCCGAGGACCAGAAGACCUCAAGAAUGGACUCUUUGGACCAUGAGUGGGUGGACCUGUGCGUGCAGACCAACUAUGAGGGCUACGUGUAUUGGGGGGAGUACCCGCUCAGUUUCGCCGCCUGUCUGGGGCAGGAGGAGUGUUACCGGCUCAUCCUGGCGAAGGGCGCCAACCCGGAUCUGCAGGACACGAACGGCAACACAGUGACGCACAUGAUGGUGAUCUACGACAAGAUGGAUAUGUUCGAUAUGUGCUUUGAAGCCGGCGCCACCAUCAGCAUCCGGAACCGUCAAGGCCUCAUUCCUUUAUCCCUGGCUGCCAUUCUCGCCCAUCGUGACAUUUUCUUCCACAUCCUUAAUAUUGAGAGGGAGAUUUACUGGCAGAUUGGUAACGUCACUUGCGCCGCCUAUCCUCUGGAUUACCUGGAUACGAUCAACGUGAAGACGGGCGAGACUCAGACCAAAUCAGCUCUCAACCUCAUAGCCUACGGGAACAAGGAGGCUCACCUUGACCUGAUGGAAGGACCAAUUGUUGACCUGCUCAAGACCAAAUGGGAGACGUUCGUGAAGAAAAGGUUCAACAAUCUCUUCUUCGUGUUCCUGGCAUACUUCCUCGUGUCCUUGGUGGCGUACGUGAGCCGCCCCGUGCCCUGCGUCCCUUCCUCCAGGUACUCCGCCUCCCGCCGCCCGCUGUCCAUCAUGCAGCUGCCUGCCCUCAACAUCACCUGCGUGAACGUGUCCAUCCAUCUUCACCCAGACAUAGUGAUAGAGGAUCCCACGGUAACAACAGACGCCACCUUCGCCAGCCUCGUCUCCUCCGUCACGAACGCCACUCACGUCGACUAUGACUUCACCACCUCCACGUCGCACAUCACGUCGGAGCCUGAGGGGGAGGACCUGGAGGAGGACUACCCGCCGCUACUGGGGGCUGAGGAGGAGGGAGAGGAGGACGAGGUAGUGACGCAACCUCCUGACGACGCCGUGACAGUGCAGUACUUGGUCGAGGGGGAGACGACCCCAGUGACCCUUGGAAGCGGCCUAAAUGACCUCCUCAACUCCACGGCGACAUCUGACCCACUGUCCAUGUCGCAGCGGGCCGGCCCCUCGUGUUCACCUGCCACAACAGAACUCACCACCUGCACCUCACGGCCGGUCAACACCUCCUUCUUCAUUACCAAGAUCAUCAGGAGAGCCAAGUACAGCAAGACACCCAAGGCAAUGCUGGCUGUCAAUCCUUACGACGACAAUAACUCCACCAACGACACCACCAGCGAUGAUCCUUGCUACUGCGCCCUCUGGAGGGGCCCCAAGCCGGCCCCGGGUGAAAUACAGCUUCGGCUACUACCUAUCGGAGUUGCAACUUUACGUGCGGGUUUGGGUGCGAGGCAAGUCACGCUUCUGGGCUCCCUCUCCUACUUGGUCGGCGCUGCAAACGAGGCACGCUUCCAGGGCGGCAAGAUGUUUAUCGAGAACCUGAGCACCGUCCCUUCCCGCGUGCUGUUCCUGCUGGCCUGCAUAAUGGUGCUCAUAAUGUCUGGCCUCCGAGCACUCUGCAUGAACGAAGGGGAGGACGUGUUGGCCGUGCUUGUGAUGCUCUGCACGGGGCCUUAUUUCCUCUUCUUCUGUAGAGGCUUCAAGACAGUGGGUCCCUUCGUCACCAUGAUCUACACCAUGCUGGUUGGUGACUUGCUGCGUUUCGUCACCAUCUAUUUCGUCUUCAUCAUGGGAUUCUCUCAAGCGUACUUCAUCAUCUUCAACUCUUUCCACGACACCUUCGACCGCAACCAGUGCAUCACGAGCCCCAUGCCCUCAGCGCCAGAGAGCAUUAUGAAGAUGUUUAUCAUGUCCUUGGGAAACUUCGGUGACACAUAUGGCACCCUUGAUUGUACCGACCACCCCACCACGGGCAAGACACUGUUCAUGGUGUUCACUGCCAUCGUGUCCAUCCUGCUCAUCAACCUGCUGAUCGCCAUGAUGGGAAAUACAUAUGAGAGGAUCGCAGAGAUGAAGAACGAGUGGAUGAGACAGUGGGCCCGCAUCGUGUUGGUGGUGGAGCGAGGCAUAAGUCCUGAGGAGCGUCUGAAGCACCUCAUGGCUUACUCUCAACCGAUGUCUGAUGGGAGGAGAGCUUUGGUGCUAAGGCUGCAUCAGAAUGACGAGGAGCGGGAGGAGAUGAAGGACAUUCUGGACAUGAAGAGAGUCCACAACAAGUACGUCCAGAGGCGAAAGAACCGCAAAAAUCCCUAUGAGGACUCCGGUGACCCCACACCGAGAGACGCGGCGCCCGCCAACCCUGCCAAGAAGGCCUGAGUGUCUCCUCCGUCCUCCGUUUUCUGCUGCUGGGGAUUGCGUGUCCUGCCUUUGCGAUGCCGUCUCCUUUACGUGUUUUGCCAGUUUCUAGGUUUCUUUCGUGUAGAGUUAGUCCUCUUCUAAAGUGUUAAUUAUCUUCCUUAAGGUUGUCACGUUAAGGAAAUAUUGCGUUAGAGUCUUGAAGCUUCUUAUUCCUUUCUGCUCCUUUUCUAACGCUUUCAUUUUCUUCUAUAAGGUUGUCACGUUAGAGAAAUAUUGCGUUAGAGUCUUGAAGCUUCUUAUUCCUUUCUGCUCCUCCUCUAACGCGUUCACUUUCUUCUGUAAGGCUGUCACGUUACAGCAAUAUCGCGUAAGAGUAUUGGAAGGCCUUUAUUUUCUUUCGGAUUCUUUAACGCGUUUAUUUUCUCCUGUAAGGCCGUCGCGUUAAGGAAAUUUUGGGUUAGAAGGACUCUUGAAAACUCUGGUCUUCCUCAAGCGCGAUAUUUUUAUUUUUUUGCUUGUAAGGCCGUCGCGCUAAGAAAAUAUCGUGUUAAACUCUUGAAACCCCUUUAUUCCCUUCUGCGUUAUAUUUCUAGGUUUCUUUCAUGUAGUUUCAGCUCUUAAUGAAUUCUUGUUAGUUUCGUGUUAGGUUAAAGUAUCAGGUGGGUGGAGGUGAGUGAGUGAGUGUUGCUUCUUGCUAUUAACUCUGAAUAGGCAUGUAACCUCAAAUAUCAGGGGCUUACUAUUUUGGCAUAUAUUUCUCUCUCUCUCUCUCUCUCUCUCUCUCUCUCUCUCUCUCUCUCUCUCUCUCUCUCUCUCUCUCUCUCUCUCUCUCUCUCUC